GCUACACUGGAAGUGGAAACGGCAUGUGAUUGUCCAACUUGCGAUAAACUUCCUCAACCGGAUUAUUCCUACACCCCGUCACCCCGUUGCCAAUCACGAGGCUAUUUACACUGCGGUUCAUGUCAGUGCCAACCGGGAUAUUCAGGCGACUUUUGUGAAUGCUCCACGGAGACAACCGCUGGCGGUGAAGCUGCGUUAAUUGCUCAAUGCACUGCCCCUGGCGACAAGGAACCGUGCUCUGGUCGUGGCAGAUGCAUUUGUGGGAAAUGCAAGUGUAAUUUAGCGCGCUACGAAGGCCCAUAUUGCGAGUGUGAUCGUCACGGGUGUAAACGUGCCUCAGACGACAAUCAAGUGUGCGGUGGUCCGCAACGUGGCACAUGCAAUUGUGAUGGGACGUGUGUGUGCAAACCCGGCUACACGGGAGAUCGGUGCGAUUGUAUGGAGAGCGAGAAACAGUGCAUUGAUCCGAACAACCCCACAGGUCCAAAGUGUUCGGGACACGGUGUGUGUGAUUGUGGUCAGUGCUUCUGUAACAGUGGUUACACCGGCCAUUUGUGCAACGAGAUUCAAGGUGGCGAAUCUGCCUUGUGCACCGAUCGAGAUGUGGAAAAGUGUGUGCUCUGCCUCCGGGACUCAUUGGUCAAAGCGUUUGACGAACGAGAAUCCCAAAGCUCUUCAGACGGCACUACGCCCUCAUCUAGUCCGGCCGCAAGGCGCACCACCGUGUUGCCUGGAUCAGGGGAAAAUGAGUUGAUAAUUGUUGAUUCGUCCGUGUAUGCCUCACCUGAGUACGCAGCCGCAGCUCUGACCUGUAGCGCGGCUUGCAACGGGACUGUAAUCGACACCAGUCGAGUAAAGCUUGUGGAUAGUAGUGAGCAAAAGGACGACUCCAAUCUGUGCAUUAUCUACACUGAUGACAAUUGUCGUGUGUUCUUCACUUACCGGUACUCGGAUGCUAUCUAUCUGAAUCGUAAGGUGGAUCUCAAUAUCAUUCGCAAGAGUGAAUGUGUGGAAACCAUCAACAUACUGUACAUUGUACUCGGUGUUAUUGCCGGGAUUGUGGUUGGCGGUCUCAUUCUGCUUCUGAUCUACAAACUUGUGAUCACAAUCGAUGAUCGACGUGAAUUGGCCAAGUUCGAACAACAAGGUCAGAAUAUGCGCUGGGAAAUGGCCGAGAAUCCAAUCUUUGAAUCACCUACUACGAAGGUGAUCAAUCCGACCUACGAGGAGACUGGCUAUUAA